CCUCACCUCCUCCACCUCCCCCACGAGGGAAAAGUUUUUUUUUUUCCUCCCCCUGUUAACAGCACGCGCAGCGAAGCAACCCAGCAGCAACAAAAGAGGCGAGCCUUUUCGCUCGCCGCUGCCACCGCCGCCACCUCGUCGCCUCGCCUCGGCCUCGCGCGCGCGCGGGGGAUCUCGCGCUCGCUCGCCGCACGCACCGAGGAGGGAGGGAGGGAGGGAGGGCGCUCCCGUACGCAGGGUUUGGAGGCGCGGGGCGAUCCGGCGGCGAUGGGAAGCAGGGUCAAGGAGGACGAGAGGCACGAGCGGAUCAUACGGGGACUGCUCAAGCUGCCCGCCAACAAGCGUUGCAUCAACUGCAACAACUUGGGACCACAAUAUGUCUGCACAAAUUUCUGGACCUUCGUUUGUACCAAUUGCAGUGGAGCACAUCGGGAGUUCACGCAUCGAGUGAAAUCAAUUUCCAUGGCCAAAUUUACCGCGCAAGAAGUUACGGCCCUUCAAGAAGGAGGAAACGAGCGUGCUAGAGAAGUAUUUUUCAAGGAAUGGGAUCCUCAACGCAAUGGAUACCCUGACAGCAGUAAUGUUGAUAAAUUGAGAAACUUCAUUAAGCAUGUGUAUGUGGAACGAAGAUACACAGGAGAAAGAAGUACUGAUAGGCCACCUAGGGGAAAGGAUGACAAGGACGAGUAUAGUGAAAAUAGGAGAUCUGAUGGAAAUUGGGGUGGUUCAAGAAGUCCACCAAAUGGAAGUUAUUCUGACCGUCGGAGUUAUAGUGGACGGAGUGAUGACAGAAACUCCAGAUAUUCCUAUGGAGAUCGUAGUCCUGGCUAUGACCAAAAUGACUAUAAGAAAAGUCCUCGCUACUUUGAGGGUGUCGAUGAUAGAUCUGGAAAAACAACUCCGGUUCAAAGGUUUGAGGACCGCAGGUUUUCCGAACCAAGGAGGCCAGAUAGUGGAUCUCCAGACUUUCAGAAAGAAGCAGAUGGUUCUAGUCCUGUUGUACGGCCAGUGAGGGAUAUAUUGGGUGACAAUGCUCCUCAACUUCGGGUUGGUGAGCCUUCAAAGCCAGCUGCUGAACCUCCGAAACCAACUGUACCCAGACCAAUUGAUCCUCCAAAGCCAACUGUAGCCAGACCGAUUGAUCCUCCAAAGCCAAAUGGAACCAGGGCAAUUGAUCCUCCACCAUUGGCAAAGACGAUGUCUAGUGCCAGCAGCAUUGCUUCUUCUGAGGGGACUUCAGAACCGACGAAGGUCACAAAUGCAGUGAGUUUAAUUGAUUUUAGUGCAGAUCCUGAACCUCCUGCACCUGCACCACCACCACAGCCAGCCUCUACGACUCAACAGCAUCCUGUUAAUGCAAUGGCACCACAGCCUGUUCAUGAACAAGGGAAAAGUCCUUCUGUGAGUGGUGGUGACUGGGCCUCUUUUGAUGCUUUUGGCCAACAACAAACACCACAAACAAGCAGCAGUGCAAAUCCACUUGAGUCUGCACUUGCGCAGCUGUCAUUCUCCGAAGCACCCUCUGCACGCAAUGUGUCAGCUUUUCCAGCUUCAAUUGGUCCCACUCUGAAACCGAAUGAUGGAGGACAUUCAUCCAUUGUAGAUCAGUCACAUAACUUGUUUGAUGCGCCCUUUGGAAUCUCAGGCAACCAGGCCCCAACAGUAAUGUCCAACCAAGGAUCUGCAGUUCAACAAUCACCUCUUGCUGCCCAUACAGCUGGACUUCCAUCUCAAGUAACUGCAAAACAACAAGGAACCAGUGGUAUUCAAGGAGCAGCUUCUACUGACAGUAAAUCCAGUGGCAGGAAAGAACUUCCAGCGGAUAUCUUUGCUGCACUAUAUCCAACAUCAACUCCAAUGAUGCCUGGUUGGCAAAGAGCUCCCCAAUUUGGAAUGGGAUAUGGCAUGCAAUAUCCUGCUGGAGUGUUCCAGGGAUUGCAAGGAUAUCCUCAAGCAGCGUUUCCUCAACCCACAUAUCAACAACCUGUAUAUCCGCAACAUGCAAAUCCGCAACAUGCAUAUCCCCAACCCCAACCCCAACCUGUGAAAGCUUCAAAUCCUUUUGAUCUUGGGAAUGAACCAGCUCCAAUUCAAGCUCACAUGCCCCUAUCUGGCCCCCCAGGAGCAUCAGCAGGCACAACUCCCCAAACCUUACUUGGCACCUCUAGUUUUGGUGUUCCUCCACAGCAACCUCACCAGCUCUAUCAAUCGGCCGCACCUCCAAGUCCUUUCAUGAUGCAGCAAGUUCAAAACAGCAUGCCCCAGCAACCACCUAAUAGCAUGCAUGCCAUGCAACAAGGUCUGGGUUCCUUGAACAUGGGUUUUGAUCAGCAAGUUCCUCCCAGAUACCCCCAGCCAGGCACCCCACCUUCCUACGGCUCUGUUGCGGGUAGCAAUCCUUUUGGGUAAAAGAACUAUUCAAUGUUGAAAUACCUGUACUUUCUUCACCAGACCAAGGGUUUGCAGCACUCGGCGGGACAAACAUGCAUCGACACCCUCAAAGAGAAUGUGUUUCAUACAACCGGUUGUGUAUUUUGUUGCCCGUAAUCUGUUGUACAACUUGUUUCCAAGCGAAUGUAACUCUUGUUUUGGAGGGCGUGAGAUGCAUGCCGCCCCAUUCCUUGUAUAUUUUGUGUCCGGCGCAUUCUGCUUGUAUUGCAUAGUUUGUAUAUUUUGCAUUCGUUUGUUAUCUUGGAGAAUAUCAGAUGUAUUAGCUCAGCAUGUCGUUUCUAGUGCAGUUGGAUAUUCAAUUUACUGUGGAUGAUAUAGGACUGUAUACUCGAUCAGGUGUAUAAUUGUGAUAACUGGUACAACCAAUUUUGUUAUUUUGCC